AUGCUCGCAGCCCGUGGGUCGGCGUCUCUGGUUCCAGCGCACCCAGCUCACACUCGUGGUGUUCACUACCAAGACCGCUUCGUUCCCGCCCGCAGGCCAUUCUCCGUAGCCCACCUCCGCACGCAAUUUAACCCCACGGGGGUCAUCUUCCCUGCGGUCCCGCACUUCGGCUCGUGCGACUGUGAGGACCCGUGCCGAGUUGGACGCUGCCACAACUCCCUCAUUCAGCUCUAUUGCAACGUGAACUGUUGCCCCUACAGCAGCAACUGUGGGAAUGGUUUGGUCGAGUCGACCAAGGUUGCCUUGGCAAGGAACGUGGUGACCAGACAAUUAGCCGUGGUGGCGCAGGAGUUCAUCGCUGCUGGCGUGAUUUUGGGCGAAUACCUGGGAGAGAUUGAGCAUGUGAAUGCCUCUCACGCUGCUAGUCCGCGGCAUGAAGGCUAUCUGCUAGUCAUGACGCAGAGGCCCGAGACACCAAGUCACCCCGUCCGAGUAGUCGUCAACGCGCAGCAGAUAGGGGGACUAAUGCGCUUCGUCAACCACUCGUGCGCGCCUGUGGCGCGCUUCUUGGAAGUUGUGAAUGGGCGGCGGACCACGGUCGUGGUGGCCACCACGCACGCCUUCUACGAGGGAGACGAGAUUACCGUGGACUACGAACCGGAUCUUUGGUUCGUGUGCCGCUGUGGCCACGCAAAUUGCUGCCACCGCGACAUCCAAGACAAGCAAGACCCGUAG